AUGGCACAGAACUGGAAGCCUGACUGCUGGGAUCCACAGCACUCUUCCAGAAUCUCGGGUAAAAGGGCUGCACCAACACAACCCAACCCAGCACCAACCAACAAGAGGUUACAACAGACUCAAGCACAAGUCGAUGAGGUGGUGGAUAUUAUGAGAGUAAAUGUUGACAAAGUUCUUGAGAGAGAUCAGGCACUAUCAGUCUUGGAUGACCGUGCAGAUGCCCUCCAGCAUGGAGCAUCACAGUUUGAGACGAAUGCUGGUAAACUCAAACGAAAGUACUGGUGGAAAAACUGCAAGAUGAUGAUCAUUCUAGCAGUUAUUAUUAUUGUCAUUUUAAUAAUUAUUAUCGUUGCUAUCGUGCAAAGCACCAAAAAAUAAGUAAAACACCAACACGUGGGGAGCCAGCAUUGCACCAUCAAAGAAAACAAAAUUAAGGAAAAAUCUCAACAAGUCAUCUUCCCCAGGCCAACUUGGACUGACCCGUCAUUGCAGGGUCAAAGGUCAUCCGGAUCAUUUGUCAAAGGUGAAAGAUCAUUCACUGAACCCUGGAAGGCAAAUGCAGACAGGAGUCCUGCGAGAGGACUGCCUCUACUUUUCAUUAAGCUUCUUUUGGGUAAUCUAUUAUGAAACGGUAGCCAGUGUAUUUCCACAGGAAUUACAUUUUUAUGUCAAAAAACUCAAAAUGUCAAGGGAAAACUAAUGUUUACCUCUCUGUUCAUUUUUUUUUUUCAAAUCACUUUCCUGAAACGUGUUAUGUUCCAGUGCAGUACGCAAAGAGACAAACUUAACAAAUCAAAAUAAAUCAGGCCAACCAUAAUGAAUAUGGUUUUAAAUGUCAUUAUUAUUAUUGUUGUUAUUAAUCAUUCAUAUAAUUAUUGUAAGUGAUUACUAUUCAUUAUAAUUGAUAAUACUAUUGUUGAGAACAGUACAUAUUCAUUUACAAAAGGGCUCAGAAAAUAGAGAAAAAGCAGUUUCCUUUUAAAACCUCUUAAAUCAUAAAUGUAUGCUUCCGAUUUGAAGCAGUUCACUUUGGGACUGAAAUCACAAAAUGAUUUCCAUUUCAUUCAAACUGGGACAAAUUAGGAAAAACAUUUUUACUCAUGCAAUCCAAGCAAACAUUACAAAUUACAUCUUGACUUUCAAGUAAGUCCCACAUAUUGGCAAUUGGACUUGCAAUCAACUUUUCUUAGCAUUAAAUAUUCAGUCAUGGACACUUUUUCAGCUCAUCUGACUUUAAUACAAUAAGGACCUUUUUGCAAUAAACUAGUGAUGUGCUGGACAUUGCCAAAAUGAGUAGGGAAUUGUAGAAUUCAUUAGCAUUCUGUUAACCAUCAAAGCUGAAAUCAACCCGUAGAUACUUGUGUAGGCUCUCUGCUGAGUGUCAGAAAGGAUUAAAUCACAUGGGUGUAUUAAACGUCUUUUUCGAUUCUCAAUGGAAGAUUUUGCAGUUGUUUGGGCUUAAAUGAAGUCCUGGUGGAUGUUUCAUGAAGCUGUUCGUAAGUUGAGAGCUACUUUAAGAACGACUGGUGAUCCUUUCUUACGCGCUUAAUAAUCACCAAAGAACAUUAAAUGGUGAAUAUCAUUUACCACAAGAAUGAUCGCCAGUCGUUCGUAAAGUCGCUCUUUACUUACAAACAGCUCUAUGAAAUGGCCCCUGGGCUAUUUUAUGCAUUAGUAUCCCAGUCAUUGACUGUGUGCGCACAUACACUGCAAUGAAAAAUCAGCAAACAACAUUUUUGAACUGUCAUGGAUGUUAAAUGCGGCAACUCUUUCGGACAAGAGGAAUUAAUGGUCAUUGUCCUCAAAUAAAAAAAUAUGAAUAUCUAAUUAUCUAUUAAUAUGCAGAGAACAACUCAAUUUCACUCCAUAAGUUAAAACAAUGAUAUUACCGAAUUUUUAUAUACAUGUAGCAUUGAUAGCAAAGUGAUGUCCUCUGUUAUGAGUCUACUUUAUAUAAGAAGUUUUGGGUAUCAUUUUUAACUAGCUGAAAAUGCAUAUAUUUCACACGUUGACAUUAACGGUAGGUUUUUUUUUUCUUUUCUUUUUACAUAACCUUCUGCCCUUCCAUAUUCAAAGCAUUAACAUCAAUUCUUUAUUUUCUGAGCCCUUUUUAAAAGAAAUUUGUUGUAAUUUGUAGAUUGUAGCGCAUAUAUUUGUAAUAAAUAAAUCAAUAAAAAAAGAAUAUGAAACAAAUUUGUGGUUAUAUUACAGCGAAAAAGAGAAAAUUUUUAGCUACGUUAUUCGGUGUAUAGCAGUUACAACUUGUUAUUUAGAAAAUACAUGUACAUGUUAUUUAAAUAAGAGAAGAGAAAUUUAAGCAUGUAUGUGAAUUGUAUGUAUAUAUUCUCCUUUAAAUCUGCAAUCCAAAUAACUAUAUGUAAAGUGUCUUUUGUUUUAGUAUAUUCAAUGUUAGAUUUGUAUCUUCAACGAAAAGAAUAUUGUAUAUUAAGUGUUGAAUUCUCAACGCCACCCCUAUUAUAAAUUGGUGAAAAAAUAUGUUUGAGUAAUUUUUAUUGCAUAAUUAUAUAGUAUGUGUUGCUGUAUGUAGCAAGUAUGCAAAUUAUUUAGUAUCGUGUAUUUUAGAUAGAUUAUUACCAUAUAUUAAGUUGACUCUUUCAAGGAUUGUUUUGUUUCAAAAACUUCACACUUACACAAAUUCAUUAUACAUUCAUGGAUUUUCUUUCACUUUCUAUGAUCAAUGAGAAACGGUAUGUAUGCCGGCCGUUUCUUUCCUUUAUGUAAUGCGUAAGUGCAAUAAAUGCAGAAUGGAAUGAAUGAAUGAAUAUUGAGGAAAAAAAAACAAGGUAUUUUAAAGGCACUCGUCAUUAGGAUGAAUAAGGUAUGUACAUUUCUGCUUUGGCCAAUUCUAUUGGUAGAUUUAAGAAGAGUACAAUUUGCAAGUAAGCUUUGAUACCAAAUAUGUACAAUAUAUGGUCUUUAUUCACCCCCUCUCCCAUUUGUUAAAACUAUUAUAAAAUCUGAUUGCAUUCAAAAUGGCCUCAACAGCCUUUUUUUCUCAGAAUUUUUUUCUAACAUUGCUAAGCAAAAUGACUUUAAUAACUCUUUGCCCUCAUAUUAAUUUCAAAACAAUUUCUGUCAAUUUAGACUUCAUUGUUGCACAAUCAUAUUGAUAUAGAAUGGAAUUUGUAUUCACAUCUGUCGAUGCAGACAGCACACUUAUAAACUUUAGGCUGUGCAUAUAUAUAUAUAUAUAUAUAUAUAUAUAUAUAUAAGUGAGUUUUGAUUAUGUGAAUUAAUUUUUACACCAAAAUUACCAUGCAAACUUAACAAAGUAUGAUUUUACCUGUACUUUGUGUUUUGAAGAAAUUUAUUUUUAAGUGUUGUUCGCUCAAGUGGUUCAAUCGACAUUCCAUUUUCCUUGUAAAAUCCAUAAAGACAAUAUUAAUAUUGCAUGCAACAAAACAUCUCCGGAACAACACCUUAUUUAUUAGAAAAUACAUGUCAUGAAUUUUUUAAAUUUCAUUCAUUCAAUUACUCCCACAUCAUAUCUGAGGAAGUAUUUAUUAGAAAGUACAUGUGUCGAGUAUGGAUAAUUGAACAUUAAUUAACAACUUCUCAUGUUGCUGCCUGUAUGUAGGGAAAUGUACUGUUGAAAGUUUCAGGUAUUUAAUGAGAUGUGAUGUCAUCUAAAAUAAAUCAAACUGAAUGUGACUGGAAUGUGAUCAAAGAAACACCUUAUUAAGUUUUGUUCAAAUUACAACCAACGAACGUAGAGGGCGUCAAAACUUGUAGGCUACACUGCCGUUGUUGCUGCCCUCUAUUUUUGUUGAUUAAAACCAUUCAUACAGGAAUUUGAAUUUGUUGUAUUGUCCAUCUGGUCUGAAUGAACCAUUAUUAUUGCAGUUGGUGGAAUACAGAGUCGUAUUGUCAUGGGCCACCCAUUCACAAAGCAGCAUAACUGUUGUACUGUCCAUCUGGUAUGAAUGAACCACUAUUUUCUUUGUAGUGGAGAUAUGUAGUCAUUGGCACCGGUUCACAAAACCAUCAGAAUUAAAGUUAGCCUUCAUCACAUAACACUAUAUGGUAUGCAUGUAAUGAGCAAAUCGUUACAGACACAAGUGGUAACUAACUGAAAGAAUACCUAGAUGGGACUUACUGGAAAUUUAAUUAAAUGUGAAGAAAAGUCAUACUAACAUUCCAUCUCAAACUGUUGCUUUGUGUGAUAGAAAAUUUAGCAUUGCUUUAUUUUGUUUUCACUCAUGUAUAAAGGUAAGUAAUAAACAUGUAUACAUAUAUAUUGAACAUAAAAGAAAGAUGAUAUUCUAGAGGUAAAUAUAAGUUUGAAUUGGUGGAAAUUGUGUCAAGUUCUGUCCUUGGUUUGAUUUUGAUUUUUCCAUUGUUUAAUUUUGUUGCUCGAUGCUAGGAAUUUGAUUUGAUAUUUCAAAGAGGUUUGGUUGUUUCAUUUUCCGUGUUAACCUUGGAUAUUGUAAUUUCAUCAUUUUUUAGGUCAGGUAAUGGUUUUGCUUUAUAAUAUUUGUGUGUAGCAGACAUGCAGUUACAUCGGAAGCUUACCAUUAAAAGAUAAAAGCCUACCCAAGGUUAUAGAUUACCCAUUAAAUAUAUCAGCAAACUAACAAAUAACUGUUUAAAAUUGAGUUGCUAUGGCAUAUAGUACAUUGGAACUUCUAUACUAAAUGCACGCUAUGAAUCCACAUGAAUGAUGAGUGUUACCCGUGUUUUGUGAAUUCUGGCCAAGUUAUUAAAAUAAUUAAUUGAUAUCAUAAAUAACGACAAUGUCACAUAUUCCUUGUACAUUCAGCCACUAGAUCUGGGGCUCUCUCUCAAAAAUUGAACAUCCGACAUUUACUCUCAUUGUAUGCUUUAUGCCUAAUAAAUGGAAAAAUCAGACAAAAAUUAUUUGAUGAAUCUUGAAAAUACCGAAAAAAUGACAUUAAAUAUCUUUUUGUGCUGAAAACAAACUUUUUUAUGAGUGUAGGAAGUUCCAAAUUCUAAAAUUCAAUAAACAAUUGUAUCCCCCUCCCAAUAUUAUAUAAUAAAAAUUUCACUGAUGAAUGCUGAAACUGCCCUUGAUAUCUUAUCUUCCUUGUAAAAGAUACUCUGCUUGGAAGGUGACAUUUAAUUGAAAUAUUAAGCUUGUAUUGAGUUGUUUCCCUGGUAUUCAAUUUAGUAUUAAUGUUGUAUCUUUAUAUCUUGAUGUACAAUAAAAGUAAAAGAUAAUAUAACUAUUAUAAAAACAACAGAUGUUUAAUGGGUAGCUUCCACAUUUGCAGUGAAAAAAUUAUUUGUUCUAGAAAAGUCACCAUUCGUAUAAGUAAACAAAAAAUUAAAUGUAUAUUGUAUUUGUGUUACAUGUUAAUAAACAUGAUUGUGAUGAAAAA